UAGUGAUCUUAUAGUUUAUAUAUUUUGUACAUCAUAACCUCUACCUCUUAUUAACAUAUUUUUGUCCACUGAGUAUAUUAUCGAUGGAAUGAAAAACUUAUGCUGACUGUGUUGCGCGAUUUGAUUAUGAUUUUCCAUUGAGUAAAUAAUAAAGUAAUUUUGAAUUUAAAAAAAAAUACAAAUCGUUCAUAACCGUUUCUGAAAUUUAAAUUUUGAAAAAUACAGAGUUUCUGCUAUAGUAAUUUUUUAAUAAUUGGUAAUAUUGAAAACUUUAAACCAGUUGCACGAAAUUAUUAACAAAAGACAUAACCUUUAUACUUGGAUUAAUUAACUAUUAUUUACAUUAAUUAAAAAUUUAAUCAAACAUGAUUAUAGAAUCGCUAGAUGAAUAUUUAGAAACUGUGGCUGGAUAUAUAUUUGAUGAUGAUAAAUUAGUAACUUACAAAUGGUUGAGUAAAGAGUUGGAGGUACAUGUUGAUAUAGCGAAACAAAUUUUGUGGAAAUUCUGGCAGAAAUACAAGAAAGAGAAAAGUUUUGAUUGUACUCUUUUAUUAAUGGGCAUUUUACCUGAUGAUGGCAUGCGAGUUGAAGUUGUUAAAGAAAAAGAUUUGGAAUCAGCUAAAGAAAAAUAUGAAAAAGUUUUAUCUGAACAUAUUUAUAGUCUCCAAAAGGUAUUACCUAAUAUACAAUUACUUGAAAUGGCUGAAAAUGGAGAUAUAAAAUACAGUGCUAUUAAAUGUAUUGAAAAUAAUGAACGUAGCAAUGAUGAAAUGCAUAUGUUACGUUGGGGAACAUUAUCAAAUGAAGUACAGCCUGCUUCUGAAGAAAAAGUAGACUGCAAAUCUGAACCAAUAAAAGUUAAAGAAGUUAAAGAAGAAACAAGUCCAAAAAACAAAGUAGAUGACAAAAAGAAAGUUGGUCAGAAAAAAGGUUUUGAUAAUCUUUUUGGAAAAGUCACUAAUAAGCAGAAAAGUAUUUCAACAUUAUCUGAUGCAAAAAAAGCAGAUUCUACUCAAGCAACAAAAAAAGGAGAUACAUCCAAAUCAUCAAAAAAGCCUACCCAAGGUGGGCUUAGUAGUUUCCUUCAACCAACCAAAAAUGAAGAAGUUAAAAAUACAGUAGCUUCAGAAAUUAAGAAAGAUACAGAGUUAGUGAUAAAAGAAAAAACAGAGAAGGAAGUUGUUCCAAAUAAUAACAAACAACAGAAGAAAAAGACACAAGGGAAAAAACGUAAUCGAAGCAAAGAUACUACUUCUGCUGCAAAAAGGCGAAAACGCAUUACAAUUCAGGAUGAUUCUAGUGAUACAGAUGAAAAUGAAGGAAAUGAAGACUUGACUUCUGAUGAAGAACAAAGAAGAAUAGUGGAAUCCUCUCCUGAACAUGUUUCUCCUGUAAAAGUACAAAAUGAUUCUCCACCACGAAUCAAAGUUGAAAAUAACAAACGUAAAGUUUUGAAAACAGUAGAUAAAACGUUUGAAGAAGAUGGUUUUCUAGUAACAAAAAAGGUACAUGUUUAUGAAAGUUGUUCUGAGGAGGAACCAGAAAUUGUAGAACCAAAGAAAUCUACACCACCAAAAUCAAAAGAGAAAAAAAAUAAUAAACAAGCAGCUAUAACAAGCUUUUUUAAAAAAAUGUAACAUAUUUUAUCAGUUUAUAAUUUACAAUAUGCAUAUUUUGAAUUUUAAAAUAAUGUUAUUGCACAUAAAGUAUCAAUAAAGUUACUAUUUUAUAAAUUUAUUAAAUAAACAUUGCUUGUAUAUUUUAUCUUUAAGCUGAAAUUAUCUGAUUCCAAGUAUGAACUAGAUAUUACUAUACUUACUCAACAUUAUUAUCAGAUAUCUUAUCAUGCCUGAAGCUAAAUACAUGCUACACCCAAAAUAUGAGUAAUAGUAAUCAUACUGUAACUGUUUCAACCAUUUAGUGUAUAUACACUUAGAACUAACAUAAUGUUUAGUUAUUUAUGUUUAAUUGGAAUUUAUAUUUUAUGUAUCAUACAGUAUUGUGUGUGUGAUAUAUGUACAAUGUGUUUGUGUUCAAAUACAAGAAAUGAAGAAUCUAUUAUUGAUUGUCAUGGACAAAAUUUUGAAGAUAAUAACAUGUUAAUUCCUGACUUACUAACAUUAAAUGAAUAUCA